GCUGGCACCCAUUCAGGCUGAGGUGUCAUUGGGAUCUCAGAUUGCAGCAAGGGGCUGGCAGGCAGCCAGGGGCAGUCUAUUUAAAAGACAUGCCUGCUCGGCACUAUUCAGUCUCUUUAGAAACUUCUCCAGGGGGAAAGUGCUGGGAGAUCUACAAAGUGGAAUUCUUUUCUUUGCCUUUUUUUUUUCUUCUCCCCUUCCCCACCCUGCUCUCUUUCUCUCUCUUUUGCAACCCCUCCUCCGGUCUUCUUUCGACUGCCGACUUGGUAAAAAACCCUCCAACUUUACAGAAAACCUCUUUGUUGUUCUAGGAAGAGGAGGGUUCCAAACAGCCCCCGUUUCCUAGCCAGUCCCAGGCUGACAAAGCCCGGCUCUACCUGCUUGAAGGGCUCCCCUCCUUUCUCCCCCCUUCAAUUUGCUGCAGACUGUUAUCAGGACAGUUGAAAAGAAGCUUCUCUUGCUCCCUUUUCCAGCCCGUUGCAGACGCUGCUUUCCUGGAGAGGCAAGUGGAUUAUUUCAUACCUACCUUUUUGUGCAGCCUCACUUCAGGUUGCCUCGUUCGGUUCUUUUCUUCUCUGGGGGAAAAACCCCCCUUUCCAGUGACUUUUUUUUGAAAAUCUCCAACCUGUUGCAUCUGUGAUUCUUGCAAGCAGAUUUUGACAGCCUGGUACAUCACACACAUACUGCUCCUUGUAAAAAAUCCACAGGCACACCUGUGUCCUACUUGUUAUUAAUCUUUUUUUGGAGUCGAAGGAAGGAGAUACUUUUUGCCACCUCAUUUUUGCAUUCUUUUUCUCCCCUCCCCAAAAGGACAGUAGCAAAUCCUUGCCUGCUCGGUGGCUGCCUGACAGUGCCUUGAAGAUGCUCCUGACGCAGGCUCUGUGCUUGUCCCUCUUCUUGGGGCUCUCGCAGGGCUUGGGUUCCUUCAUCCACUGCGAGCCCUGCGAUGACAAAGCCGUCUCCAUGUGCCCUCCCAGCCCCCUGGGCUGCGAGCUGGUGAAGGAACCCGGCUGCGGAUGCUGCAUGACUUGUGCCCUGGCCGAAGGGCAGUCCUGCGGGGUGUACACCGAGCGGUGCGCCCAGGGCUUGCGCUGCCUGCCGCGCCAAGGCGAGGAGAAGCCCUUGCACGCCCUGCUCCACGGCCGAGGGGUCUGCCUCAAUGAAAAGAGCUACCGGGAGCAAGCCAAAAAUGAAAGGGAAUCCCGUGAACAUGAGGAGCCAACUACCUCAGAGAUGGCAGAGGAGACCUACUCACCCAAACUAUACAGGAACAAGGGUCAUGGGCGCCUCUCGGAACUAAAAGCUGAGGCCCUGAAAAAGGAUCGCAGGAAGAAAAUGACUUUAUCCAAGUUUGUGGGUGGGGCGGAAAACACGGCACACCCCCGAGUAGCUGCCCCAGAGCUGAGACCAGAAUUUGAACUGGGCCCAUGCCGGAGACAGAUGGAGGCAUCACUGCAGGAACUAAAAUCAAGCCAGCGAAUGAUCCCUCGCGCUGUCCACCUUCCCAACUGUGACAGGAAAGGCUUCUACAAGAGGAAACAGUGCAAACCUUCUCGGGGCCGGAAACGUGGGCUGUGUUGGUGCGUGGACAAGUACGGACUGAAGCUUCCCGGAACGGAUUAUGUAGCCGGAGACCUCCAGUGUCACAACUUCGACAGCGGCACCACUGAGUGAAUGCCCUUCUGACCUCUCUCUCCCUGCCAGAGCCCUUCCCCACCCAUCUCACCUACCCACACUUCACGACGCCCCCCAAGAGACUGAUUCCUUUCAUCUCAUUUAAGAAACUGAGGACCUCGGAAUCUACAGCAUGUCAUCCACUUCUCUCAAUGGCAAGGACUCAAGGAGAAAAGGAAACACGUUAAGCCAAAAAAUAAAAUGCAACAAAUCAAAGGGGAAGACUGUCAUGAAGAAGGCAAUGAUGAUGAUGAUGACAAUUUGUCAGCCACCCCACUUGGGACAUGGCCCUUCAUGAAUCUCAUAGGCCACCUGGCUUGCGCAUAACUCCACCCAAGCGCCAAGAUGACGCCAACACAGGAAGUUCUCAAAAGUGCUUGAAUUGUGUGGGCUUUUUUUCUUUUUCUUUUUUUUUAAACUUCUUCUUUCUUUAAUAUUGGGGGUGGGGUUGGAGACCUUUCAAAUUGGAAAAGCACUUAGUGUGACAAGGAGAAUCCUAGGACUAUUAAUACAUAUACAUAUAGGUAUAUGCAUAUAUUCACCUACAUGUGUAUGUAUAUGCCUUUUUGUAUCCUGGCAUGCUUCUUUUUGAGAGUACAUUUUGAUUUCGCUGCUUCUCAGAAAGGCAAAUGAGAGAAUAAUAGAACAUACAGCAGGAGACAGAGAAACCAAAUACUUAAGAUUCAAAUGCUUUCAGUUCCUUUUGGGAGGAUAUUCUUGGGCACUAAAUUAGAGGGUUGACCUGAUUGUUCCAGGUGUCAUUAUGCAUCUUUUUUCCUAUGUAAGUACAGACAUGUUUGCUCUGCACUGAACCAGUCUCCUUCCCAACAUGCAGAGCCCCUUCAACUUUGGCCCAAACCUCUUUAGGGUCCCUUGUAUAAGUUCAAGGUGUUCAAGGUGAUAAGUAUACUGUGCCAGAUACCUUGCAAGCCUUUUAACACAACAUUUUCACUGCUUAUAGUAUUAGCUUUAUCUCAACAGGUCUGUGCAUUUCCAUGCCCCUAACAGCCCCCAAAAUGUUAUCAUCCCUUCUUUUUGUGCUGAGGUUGGGGUUGCACAACGAUAAUUUGAAGGGGCUAGUUUAAAAUUCUAAAAAUCACACCAUGCCAAAAGUGUAAACCCAGUUUACAGUUGAAGAAAUGCCCUCCCCCCUUUCUGAUAUCUGUAGCUGGAUUUGAAAGUCUCUGUAGACAGAGGCCCCUCGUCCGUUAAAGUAUACUUGAGUAACUGGCUGCCAGUAGCUUCUCAUUUUUCCUUGACAAGAGGCUAUGAAUAUCUAAUACCUGCUUUCCAGGCAGAAAUGCAGUUGGUGUGGUUUUAUCCACAUCACUGCAUCUUUCCAUCAGGGAAAGCUGCAUCUGGAAUUUCUGGCUGUUGUGUCAUUGAGAAACACAUGGGAGCUGUCAGGAUAGAAGAGGUAUUAACUCUAGCUGUGAGAACAAAAAGGUGGCACAUAUAACCUGCCUGCAGAAGCAAUUGAUUUGUCGAUUUUUAUGUUCAGGCUUGGGCAGACCACUAAAGCCAUUUAAAAAAAAUCUUGUUGUUGUUCUUUUUGCUGGUUUUUUUUUAACUCCUUGGCAUAUUUCCAUGGACACUGCCAUGACAAGGGUCUUUCCUUUACCCAUAAGAACAAGUGAGAAUGCAAGAAAAGCACCGCCACCAGUAGAAAGGGAUUGUUUCGAGGAAUUUCUGAAAUGGAUAGCCAUUCAGAAGCAUUGAGAGACUGUUCUCUAACAUGAAAUGGCAACCUUUGGUGAGGAUCCUGUCCCCAAAGAGGACUCCAAAGGACUUGAGGACACUGGUGUGGCUAGCCGCAAGUACUUCUGGACAACAUGCUAAAUCAAAAGCAUGGAGUAAGAGAGAGAGAGAGAGAGAGAUGGGAAGAAACAAAGGGGCAGAAAGAAACAGUUUCCUGUGGGCAGAUGGGGAAAGCCCGCUCUGCCUGCUGAGCAUCAAAACAAAAGAGUGGCAUUGAAAGAAGGACACCCACAAUGAUUCACAAUGCACAAUACUAGUACAGAUGAAAGGAAAAUGAGGAAUCUUUCUGGCAGAAUGGCAACCGCAUGAAAGGGACUGUGGCAAGCUUUGUUUCUAACCUGCCCUCACCUUCUCGUCUCCAACUAAGCUCCAGGACAACGUUGAAAAGCCAACAAUUAUCUGGUGCUCCCAGGAAUGUGAGACAAUCUGGAUUAGGGACUCUCGCCAUUGGGUCUUGUCUUACAGAAGUGGGGGAAAGAUGUGCAGAGACUGGGAAAGAUGGGGAAAGCAAUGCAACAUUUCUUCCUACAGUUAAAAUGUUGACUGUUUGGGUAUAAUUCCUGCCAUGGACUCCAAAAAUAUGAACCAAAUCAACUCCGUCCUGGAAUCCAGCAUUUGAUUUUUGAUCCAGAAAUAUAUGUGUCAGCAUUCAGACUUCCAGAGGCAUGUAGAUCACCUCUGGAUAUCCCAUCCACUCAUUCCCCUGGGCUUUGGCAGCAUGGUAAGACUUUAUGGCUUUUCUCCUCAAGAGCUGGGGCAAAAGCCAGACAUGCUCUCCGGUAUUUUUUGAAAGCUGAACUGUGCUUUGACUGGGAUAUUUCAAGAACAUCUGGACCCGUGUCUUCCCCCUCCCCUACAACCCUAAUUUAGGGUAUUGAAAGGUGAAAAUGCCUCUCCUUUUUUGCUACCUGCAUUUGUUUGGGUUGCUGGUGGGGAAUGUUUGUCUUUCCCAUCACCCCCAGCUACAUAGUCCCUCUUCUCAGUUAUUUAGCAGGAAUGAUGGUACAGAGUUACUCCAUUUUUUGCCACUUGAGAGAACUUCCUUUUAGAGACUCUGUAUAUCACGAAUCUCUCUGGACAUUGUGGGAAUGGACUUCUGGGUCAUAAGCAUGUAAACAGAAGAAAAAAAUGGAAAUUUGUGGCAAUAAGGAAGGGUGGCUACACAUAAGGAAGUUUGAUGUCCAUGUGGGAAUGUCAUGUGAAACAUUUGGGCUAUCUUCUGUGGUUUUCUGCCAGCUAAGACAAAUGAAAUCCAUCAAAUAUUCUUUCAAUGGUUUUCAGCAUAGAGUCACUCUUGUAAGUUAGGAUAGAUUAAUUGUGACCUACUAGAUCAGUGGUUUUCAACCUGAGGGUCCCCAGGUGUUUUCGCCUGCAACUCCCUAAAGUCCCAGCCAGUUUACCAGCUGUUAGGAUUUCUGGGAAUUGAAGGCCAAAACAUUUGGGGACUCAUAGGUUGAGAACCACUGUUCUAGAUGGUACUUGACCAUAGAUCCAGUUGCCCCUCACUACUAGCUGUGCUGGCCAAUAUUGGUGGGGGUUCAUUUUGAACAACAUCUGGAGGACCACAAGUUUUCCACUACACAUGGAAUCAUAGAGGAAAUCUCCAUGGGUCUCUUAGGGUCUGUAUGCCUCAGUUAAUGAUUAAUAUUCCAAGUGAGGGUGAAAUAAAGUGGCAUUGUGGGACGCCACCAAAAUAAACUGUCACACUGCUGGUUCCUAACAGCCAAGCCAGCAGGAUUAUGUAAAGCUUGAAUCUGGUCUUGACAUUUCUAGAAAGCUCCUCCCCACCCAUCCCCUGCUGCCAAUCUUUCCAUCACAUAUGUGACUGACCUUUGACAGAGGAACAAAAUGAUAUUUCAAUACCUGGUGAAGUUUAUACUAAAGCAAAAGUCACUAUUAACUCCUGAGCUCUUUGAAGAUGGGGGUUCAAUUUGGACCCAUUAUGAACAAAGGUGAGACUUGGGAAAGAUGUGUCAGACCAUUUUGAUCACUAUAAGGCAGGCAAAGUGCACUUUCUUCAUAUGCAAAUGAUCAGUCAGGAAAUGCCAAAAGUAGGGGUAGAUUGGACCUAUGGAGAGGCAUAUGGAGAUGUUAAGACAAACAAACAUAUUAUUCUCCCAAAAGUAGAGUAAAAGGCAAAAAACAGAUGGAGAGAGUAGUAUGUAUAAUCUGAGAUAUGUUGUGUAUAUGGGGGGCAGGUGUUGUGCUAAGCAUUUUAAAAAACAGUAAAGAACUGGGGCAAAUUUACACUGCAGAGGAUUUCAAGUUUUAUACCAGUUUGAUUACAAUAGGUUUUCCCAAUGAAAUUGUGGGAAAUGUAGUUUGCUGAGGGUCUAAGGAUUCUCUUAGACACUCCCUAAUGUUCCCUGGAGGGACAAAACAGCUCUAAAAUUCAUGUAUAUCUGUGGUGCAAAUAUGCCUUUAGUUACGUAAGAUUAAAGAAUGUCCUUAAACCCCUUCUUACCCCACUCUAUCCCCAAAUAUUGGAGAUACUCUCUUGGCACUCCUGGACUGGUUUCAGAAAAAAAUGUUCUUUAUUUUUUGAAAUGUAUUUUUAUUUUAUUGCUUGAAACUUGAAAACCUUUUCCUGCAGAAAAAGGGAAGAGACUCUACCCAGUAAACCAGAGGCAUACACGAAAGCCUUCACUUCUUUCCCCCACCCCAUUUCUUUCAUACACAUACACCACACAAAUAAUAUAAUCAGGAAAGGUGUUGCCAAUUCAAAUGCAAGUUUUGUAAUUAAUUUUUAAAAAUACCCCUGAAGGCAUUACCAUUUUGCCUAGACAUUAGAUCCUGGAAAAGCAACAUUUUUUUUACUAUUACUUUCCAAUUCCCUGUGAGCUGUAAUAUUAAAAAAAUCUCUGCUACAUGCAACCUUUCUGGCUGCACCAAAAGUCAAUUUAGGUCAAAAUGCAUUGUUGAGAACUCAUUUUUUGUAUAGGGGCACAUUGGUCAGUGUUGCUUAAGCCUGAUGGAAGUGCAUGGAGAAUCCAAAACUAGGGGAAGCAUGAGUUCUUAGAACAGUAGUUCUCAGUCUGUGGGUCCCCAGGUGUUUUGGCCUACAACUCCCAGAAAUCCCAGCCAGUUUACCAGCUGUUAGGAUUUCUGGGAGUUGAAGGCCAAAACAUCUGGGGACCCACAGGUUGAGAACCACUGUCUUAGAAUAUAUACAUUACUUUCAACAACAGUCAAACUGUCAGCUACAAGACUAAGAAACUGUUGCCCUUGCCUUAACUAUGCAUAGGAAGUCUAUAGAAGAUAAAAGAAUCACAGUCCCUGUUUCAGUUGUAUCCUGGAGUAGAGUUGAUUCAGGAAAGCGAUUGUUAUCUUUCAAAGCUUGGGUACUCUUGUUUUGUGUUGUCCCCUGGGCAACAUCCUUGCAGACUGCCAAUUCUCUCACACCAGAAGUGACUUGCAGUUUCUCAAGUCGCUCCUGACACACACAAAAAAAGCAUCAGGACCUAUAUCCCAUCCUAUUUUGAAGCACUUAUGACAAGAAACCCUGCGAAUAAAAACAGGGUGGUUUCUAAAACUUAUUCAAAAGCACAGAAUUUGUCUCAGUUCUUUACCUCACCUACAAAACCAUCCCUUCCAAAUUCAUUAGCCUUUUCCAUUACAUUAGACACAAGGCACUAUCUAACCAUCCAUGCUUAAGGAUUUCAGCGACCACCAUUCUAGCUCUUGCUCGGUUAUAACGUGUGUUAUAAGCCAAAGCCAUUUCAGCUUUAAAUGCAGCAUAGAAUGAAUGGAUCUCCCUCCUUUCCACCAGCUGAACACUCUGCAUUUGAAUGCCUUUUACUUUUCCUAUAUCUACACUCUCUCAAAGAAACCCACUACCGAAACAAUAGCAGAAAUUGAAUGUUACUGAGGACUAUCUUUGCAAUCAAGCUUCCCUAGGGCAAUUAAUUGGGGGAGUUUUCAAAAGGCAGAAUACUGUUACCUUCCCCCCCCCCCCCCCGCUCCUGCCCCCAUUUUUUUUAUUAUGGGGCAGAGGGACUCUUUCCAUGAAAAGGCAUUUUAUGGGGUUUUCUGCUUCAGGUGCCAAAAUAACUUGAUUGGCCUGAGGUGCUACACACCUUGGACCCGGUGGAGGCAAGUGGGAAGGCAUGAUAAUGCCAUUUUGCCCUGCCUAAGACACGGUCUCCCUUGUUGACAAAGGAGAACAGGCUCUCUUGAUUUUCUUAAAUAAAGAACCUUCCUCCUAUCAAGGAUCAGUGAAUCAGGAAGGGGGGGAUUCUUAAAAUAAAAAAGACAAAGCAGUGGGGAAGCUCCUUUCAGAGAAUUUGCGCACAGCAGAAAGGCAGAAAGAGUGACAGAGACUGUUUUCACACAGAAAAAGCCAAAAUGCUCAGCCACCAGAGCAGCAUUUCCUUUCAAUUGUUGUUGAAUCAAGAUCUCGGGAGGGUCCCACUGCAGCUGGGGUAACGGAAGACAAGAGGAGCAACUGGAAAGCUAAGACCUUCUUUCUCGGUCGAAGCAGUCCUUGUCAGCGCUGCAGCAGACAGUUUUAUCUUGAAACCACUAGUACAAGAGCAUAUUGCACUAUUUCUCCAUCUCUCUCUCUUUCUCUCCCUUGCCCCUUCCCCAUGGUCCCUCUCUCUUGGCUGAGAGGCCGAUAGGUCUCCACCAUCCCAAGGGGCCACUUUCCUGGUAUGACUUUCCUGAGUGAAUGCCCUGUGGAGGAGAAGGGCCUUGUUUCACUCCACGUCCGGCUCCGUCCACGUCCCUCUCCUUCCACGACGCCACUGGGACAGCUCCUCCGCAACACGGUUCUGUCGCCCACCUUAGCACAGCCAACACCACACAAGAUUCCGAGUUUCCUGCCUGGUUUUAAUCAUUACGCAGAAUUAUUCACUACACAUUUAUGGUAGCUUUGAAUAGCUUUACAUACAUACCUACAUACAUACAGUAGCUCUGUGGAUAUUUUGUUUUUGUUUUGCGGUAAACAAGAAUAUUCAUACUCUUACCGGUGGGGGGGAAAGCAGUUUGUGAAAAGCUGACAACGGAUGAGGAGUGUAAUGCUAUGUUUAGCAUUUUGUACUUUUAAAAAAAAAAAUCUCACAUUUUAUUAAAAAGUGAAGAUUGCUGUAUACUAUUUAUUCAACUUAUAAUUUAUGUUACUCUUUGAUCUUUGUCUUUUCUUAUGACAAAGCAUUUAUUUAAUAAAGUUAUGCAUUCAGUUA